AUGACGUCAGGCAGUGAGACGACCGGUGAGAGGCCAAAAAAUCUCGGGCUACGCAGGAUGUCAUUGGAACAGGAUCUUACGAACACACGCACGACACGCCAUGAGGAAUGUUUCUUACUAUGCACAUAUAAUGCCAGAACACUCUUCACAGACGCCGAUCUUCACGCCAUUCUUGUAGCCGCAGAUCGCAUUCAAUUUCAUGUGAUCGCAUUACAAGAAACAAAAAUCAGGCAGACCGACAUACGCCAACUAAAAAACGGGACCCUUGUGAUUUAUGGAGAAAAGGUCCAAUCACGAAAUGUCGGUGGAGUAGGCUUUGUCGUCCACUCGUCCAAUGUCCAUCUCGUCGACUCAUGCGUGAUCCUUUCCCCUCGCAUUGCCGUCCUCCGUCUUCAACUGUCGCAUCAUAAGAAGAUCAUCAACUGCAGCUCACCGUUCGACGCAGCUGAUGAGGACGAAUUAAAUGCGUUCUGCUAG